UACGGUCCACUACGGAAGUAGUGGUACAGUAGAAGGCUUUUCGCGGUGCUCUCAAGUCUUUGGUAUCAGGGUGACUCCCCGCAGGGAUUCCACGCUGUUAGAAGAUUGUUAGAUGGCUCCCAGAGACGACUAAGUUGCUUCAAACGUUGUUUAGCCACCCACAAAGUAGCUUAGUACAAUGGAGGAACAAUUCCAAGACAUUGAUUGUUCGGGAAGGUGGCAAAACAUUUACAACGAAAUCCGCAACCAGGCCAAUGAACAUCCCUACAAAGUGGCCAAACUUCCUGUCAAUCGCAAUUUAAACCGCUACAGAGACGUUAGCCCAUAUGAUCACAGUCGCGUCAAACUGGCAAACUCGGACAAUGACUACAUCAAUGCAAGUUUAGUCAUGGUGGAAGAAGUCCAAAGAGCUUACAUUCUUUCUCAGGGUCCUUUAAGGAACACCUGUGGUCACUUCUGGCUAAUGAUUUGGGAGCAGUGUUCCAAAGCUGUCAUUAUGCUGAAUAGAAUCAUUGAAAAGGGAUCUGAAAAGUGUGCGCAGUACUGGCCAACGACAGAGGAGCUCCACAUGUCUUUCCCAGACACCGGCUUUGUCGUCAGGCUACUUUCGGAGGAAGACCAAUCGUAUUUCACAAUCCGACUGCUUGAAUUACAAAACACAAAGACAAAGGAACAGAGACACAUUUACCACUUCCACUACACCGCAUGGCCUGAUUUUGGUGUUCCAGAAUCCCCUGCCUCCUUCCUCAACUUCCUCUUCAAGGUUCGGAAAUCGGGCUCUCUGAGUGCAGAGCAUGGACCCUCAGUGGUGCACUGCAGUGCCGGGAUUGGCCGCUCCGGGACCUUUGCCUUGGUGGACACCUGCCUGGUCUUGAUGGAUUGCAGGAAUAACCCAUCCUCAGUGGACAUACAGAAGGUGCUGCUGGACAUGAGGGAAUACCGUAUGGGCCUGAUCCAGACGCCUGACCAGCUCCGCUUCUCCUACAUGGCUGUCAUUGAGGGAGCCAAACUCAUUGGGACCAGCAAUUCACCACAGAUGGAGCAAAGCAACGACUCUGAGCCAGACCUGCCCCCACCGCCACCACCACCCCCUCCACCCAGACCUCACCUUAACAACAGCAGUUAUUGCACUCUGCAGUCGCUCUCCAUGGACUCUAAAGAACUCCCGCUGGAGAACCAAGACCACAACGAGACAGACACCUCCGGACACGUGAGAAAGCGCCAGCGCCAAGAGAGGAUUGCCUUCACCUCGCAGAAGGUCCAGGAGAUGAAGCGGAGACUGAAUGAGUGUGAGAGACAAAGGGACACGUGGCAGUCCUGGAGACCCCUGGUCCUGAAUGUCGGCGCUGGCGCUGCCUUGGCUUUGGGCCUGUUGGUGUGCUGGAUGUACUCCCAGUCAUAAGGCUCUCCACACAGACUUCUAAGAGACCAAGUACUGAUCAGCGUAGAUUUAGAGGGUAUUUAUUUCUUCAGGUCACCACGUGAGAGUGCUAGAUCAAAGGAAUGCGUGUGUAUUUCUCUUAGACCUCAUCGACAUAUAAGUCACAUCUCAGGAUCUUGGUGCCAGCCUUUUCUUUAUCUCUGAAUGUACUGUACCCUGGCUAAGUACUACCAAAUGUGCAGUGCAACAUCCUAUUUCUAUUCUCACUCCACGCAAUUGGAAUCCUUCCAGGACUUCAUCUUCCGUUCUCACUGAGUAAGUGUUCCAAAUCUAGAUUUGUAGCCGAGCGGACACUUGCGUCUUUGGCGUUCAUUGAUGAAGGAAAGCAAAGAGUCGGUGUGUAUUCUGUACGUGACACCUCAGCAGGUGACUGGGACCAAGCCAUCUUGUUUGCACGUGAAAUUCCUCCAGGUGACAGCAAAUGCAAGUGUCUACGUGUUUGAUUGCUGAGGAUGUGCCUUCAAGUGGGGGUGAUGGGGGGGGUGCACUUCUUGGCAUUCCAUUUAUUGUUGCUUUCCAUGUUUUAACUAUUUU